CCCAUCUCUCUUUAACCUUCUCUUCAACACUUCUCUUGCCUUCCCUCACUUCUCAAGUCUCUGAAGCCAUCAAAAUUGGUGGCUUCAAACAACCCUUCACUCUUUGUCGUUCCUGGCAAAGGCUGAUCUUCCCUAGAUUCAGAUCUAAGCCACAGAAGGCGAUGCUGGAGUCCAGCCCAACACAACUGUGCUUCUGAUCUCACCUUCUUGGUCAACCUCUGUUCCACGGACCACUUUCUACCUGUCAACAUGACUUCCUCCCAGUCAUCCACUGGUUUUCCUGAACACCUCACACAACAACUCCAGGAGAUCUCUCGUCAGCAACAACAACAACAACAACCUCCAUACCAGCAUAGAGGUCGAGGUUCUCAUCUGCCCAGAGGACAGCCAUCCUAUCAAAGACAGAACUACCAGAGAGCCAACCAUUCAUCAAACCUACCCGAAGACUUUCCCCCUCUCGGCACAGCCAAUCCGGCUGCUUCAAGAUCGACCCAAAAUGGCUCUCGAUUCCAUGAGACCCAGUCAGCCUAUCCAUCCACGCAACAAUUCCAGUCUCUUUCUGCGCCAAAUAACAAUUACCGCCAUGGUUCGCCUAGGGAGUUUCAGGACCAGGCACGAGCAAACUACAGAGGCCGACAGUCCCACUACAGCUCUCGCCAACAAUUCAUGCCACAGCAAAGUCAGUCCACCUUCUCGAGUCCCUACAAUCGUCGAGGUGGUCGUGUCUUCAACCCCAACGCAGGCCUGACAUAUGGUACCCCCGAGCAACAGCAAGCAGCGAGACACCAGAUCAUGAAGCAGUCUGACUAUCUCAUGGCCGUGGGUAGAAAGCCCUAUUUGGCCAACAAACUGCAGAGGGAAGAAUCCAUUGCCAAAGACGAAUUCCGCCUGGAGCUUGAACGUAUUGCCAUUGAUGCUCUCACUACCAAGUAUCCUGGUCUGGAUGCCUCUAAAGUCAAACUAAAAUGCUACGGCAGUUUAGCAAAUGGAUUCGGCCUUGCCGGUUGCGACAUGGACCUCUUGCUUUCGCUGCCAGACUAUCCAGAUUACAAAGCCCCUAUUACCACACACGAUGGCACCACUCCUGACCAUGUAGCUCUUCAAGAUCAGAGCGACACCAAUGCCGACAAAUCAUCAUUCAAAAGCGAAGUUCAACGUGUACUUGAGAAAGCAUUUCUUGACCGUGGUUACGGUGCCAGGUUGCUUACCAAGACUAGGGUUCCUAUCCUCCGCAUGUGUCAAUCUCCAAGUGCCGAACUUCUCCAGAAUUUACGCGACCAUCAACUCGCGGAAGAACAUUCGGCGCAGGAGAAGAGAGGGGCCCCCAAGAGCACAACUGAGCCAGGCCAACAUCCUGUUUCUUCUAGAACAACAGAAGACUCUGGAGACGUGACAGAGUCGGUGGCAAGUGCCUUGGAUGAUCUGAACAUUGCUGAUUCAGACCAUCCUGUGGUCUCGAAUUCAAAGUCUCGUGGCAAUGCAGGAUUAGAAUUUGUUGGUGAUGUAGGUAUUCAGUGCGAUAUCAACUUCGGGAAUUUUGUGGCCCUGCACAACUCAGCCCUUCUUCGAACUUACCAUUCCUUCGAUUCACGAGUCGGCGAUCUCGGAAUUUUUGUGAAGAUCUGGGCCAAAACCCGUGACAUCAACACCCCUUAUCUUGGCACUCUUUCCAGCUAUGGGUACAUUCUGAUGGUUUUGCAUUACCUGAUGAACAUUGUGAAUCCACCAAUCAUUCCCAACUUACAGGCACUGGCGAAGAAAGAUGAUGGUUGGUAUCCUGAGAGGCCUGUACCAUUGUUCGAGGGUUUCGACGUACGCUUUCUCCAAACUUCGCAAGACAUCCAGAACGCACGUUCGCAGCUACCCAGAAACAAUGAAUCGGUAGGGCAGCUUUUGAGAGGUUUCUUCAAAUACUAUGGAACCAGAGAAGGCUUCCACUGGACCAGAGACGUCAUCUCCAUUCGUGAGCCCGGAGGUCAAUUAACCAAGGCUCAAAAGGGAUGGACCGAGGCCAAAUGGGCUGAGAAUUCAAGCAACCAGGUCCGAUUGAGGUAUCUCAUGGCAAUCGAAGACCCCUUUGAAGUGGAGCACAAUGUUGCCAGGACGGUUGGCCAUCAUGGAAUUGUUGCAAUACGUGAUGAGUUUCGUCGUGCAUGGUCCAUCAUCGAGAGAGUCGGCACAAAUACUGAAGCCCCCAUCGAAGAAUUGUUGACACCCGUCACUGAUCGAGGGGACACACUGAGGCGGGAUCAAGACUUUCACCGACAGAGGCAGCUUCAGAUGAAGCAAGAAUUGGAGGCUAGAGAACGAGCACUCCUGCAAAAGGUUGAUGACGAGGAUCCCGAUGCUAACACAGACGGUAUGUCAGGAACCUCUAAGGUUGCGCAAAUCAGCUUCCCUCCUGAUCAUGCUGAGAAUCACCAUCAUCCACCACCACGCGCAAGGCUGACAUCGAUAACUUCCCCUCAGGCAUACAGGAGACAGACAGGAGUUCUGCGCCGGUGUCCACGGCAAAUGAAAAAUGACAGUGACGGCGAAGACGAGGGCGAUAACAGAGAUGAGUCUUUGACUUUAGCUAGCAGUGAUAUGGGAAGCGCUCAUUCAGAGGCCCAGACCACACCAGAGAGUCUCAAGUCCAAAAACGGUCUGCAGUCACGCACGGGAGGCAGCGGCAAUCUGUCUUUGCUGCAUGACCCACCUAAAUAUGGAGUUGAUGCCAAUGGCAAUAUCAUACCAUGGGAUGUCGAUGAUCAAGACGGCCGUUGGCUACAUUGGCGGGAUGUGCAGAUUCGCCGCGGGGCUAAACUUCAAAUUACAAACCCUACGCUCCGAGACCUCCACGAGAACAAUCCUUACGAACCGAAUCGACCAAAUCCUUAUCUUGAGAAGCCAUACAACAAUCGCUUCGAAGGAAGAGAGCACCGCAAGGUCUCUGAGCGGCCACCAUGGCCUGCGCCCAAUGUUAUGCAAAAGAACUCGACGGACGAAUCUGACGGAUAUCCUGAAGAUGACAGAAACGGUGUACUCGACAACACGGUGGCCAAUGCAGGAGCUGAGAAGCAUGAGACAUCAGGCAACAUCGCACGGCAGGAUAUGAGAAUGGAGGAAUCGAAUUUGACGUGGGCCGCAGAUCAACAUGAUCUUCAUUACUCUCGAAACGAUUCGAGAUUUGAGAACACGGGCGAAUGGGACACAAGUCUCCAGGAUGGUAGAUGGCUCUCAUGGCGUGACGAUCUAAUUCGAAAAGGGCUGUGGAUAGGCGCUCCGCGCAAACCAUGGCUCUCAAAACUAGACGAGCUUUUCCCGUACAGCUCCGAGCGCACAUCCGCAGAAUGGGACGCAAUGAAUGAGGAGCUGCGGGAGCGUUAUCGACAGAAACGUCAAUUCCGAGCAGCAGCCGCCAAGAGCAAGCGACACCCAAGACAACAACAGGAGCAUGCAUUGGAUCAGGCCUUGAGGCAAGGGCCAUGGAAAGUCUCGUCCCCUGAAUCAAGCCAGUCAAGACCGAAGCGGGUCAUCUCGUACGAAAAUAAAAGCUGGGACGAUAUUGCACAGCAUAGAUACCACGACCACGGCUUGAUCCCACAAGAGACUCACUUGAUUACUCAAGAGGAUGCAAAUGUCUCGACCAUUCCUGAACCUCACAAAAAUAGGCUCAGCGCACCCCAGUCGCAUCACGAAGAGGAGGACUCGCAUCCUGACAGUACCUUUGUCCGAGCACAGCGACUCGCCUUUUUCGUCAAAAGUGGGCAGGCUGGGCUAUCAGCGAAGUCGAUUUCAUCUUCACGGUCCGAAAGCGCAGAGGCGAUGGACGAGCAGAGUCGAGGUGAUGACAGAGAGGUACAGCAUGUUAAUGGAGGACCGACUUUGGAGAUGGCUCGUACGCUUGAAGAUCAGGCCGAGGGCAGUGAGAUUCCACCAGAGGACGAUCCUCGGAUUAUGCCAAUCCCACAACGCCCUGGGUUUCAGUUUGACCCGCGACAGAUCGAAGACCUAUCCAUCAUCGCGAGAGGAGGCAAUGGUUGUGCUCGAGCUGGGGCGCACUUCAGUAUUGAAGAAGAUUACGAAUGGGGAGGCGGUGGAAGGAUGGGAUACCGGAAGAGCACGAGCGGUUAUGAAGGCCACGAGAGUGCAUCAACUGCAGAUGAGGUCUUUGGAAAAGGGGACGACGAAGGGCUGCUGGAGGAACUACCGCGCGAGGUGGACUCAUACGAGAGAUGAUGGGUGGAGCACUCAGCACUAACGCAGAACGGAUAUUUGUUAUCAUGAGAGACGAGGGGAUCGAUAGUGGAAGGAUGAGUAUUGAGUCCAGAAGAAGAGUCACAAGAAAGGUUCAUUGAUAGAAGAGGAUCAUUAGACCGGUAGCCUUGAAGGUGACAUGAGUGGAUUUCAGCAUUAAUCUCUAUUCC